AUGAGUGAUAGUGCUGAUUUCGAAGAGGGUGAGGUCGAUGAUUUAAGUGACUUCGAGGAUGGGAAUCCGGGCGACGCUGGCACUGUUUUUCCUUUGGGCGAUGGUUCAUGUGAUGAAUCGCCAUCACAUAGGAGCGCCUCACAUGGUAGCUGGCGUGAGGCACAUAGAAGUAAGGAAGUGACAGACAUGGGCAUGAGUCAUAAGCAUGGAGAACGAACUAGGGAGUCCUUAUUGCGGUUUUUGUCUGACGAUGAGCCCACUUCCCGGCGCAAGAAUUCCGGCACGAAGCGGAAGAGGAAGAGGCGCGAAUGGGUACCGUGUAGUGGUGAGCGAGCUGCAGGGACGAGACAGGACAGAGCGAAAUGCCGAUUCUAUCUCGAGGGUCGCUGCAACAAGAAUCGCAGUUCACGUUCCGGGGAGAACGCCAGUUUCAAUCGAGAGGUUUCGUCCGUGUACGCGCCCUCCCUGACUCAAUUUCCGCAUGGUGCAUUAACGGAGCCCUACGGUGAUGUAGACUAUCGGCAGAUGGUUCAUUCGGGCUCACCCGGUAUGGCGAUACAGCCCGGUGUUCCAUGUGGCCUCCAACCCUCCCCACAGGCAGCUGGUCGCAGACCGCCCCUAGAAUCGCAUCCACAGCAUUUUCGACGCCCCAUUGAUGAAAGUCAUCCGCGUCCACCACCAGGCUACGGUGGGCCCCCGCCCUUCCGCGGACCAUUCCCACCACCCUACCGCUUUCAUCCCGGAAAAUCAUACCCGCUUCCACAUCGGCCUCCAUUGGCGAGUGGCAAUCGCGAACUCCCCAUGCCUUAUCCGCCACCAAGAUUCCGACCCCCAUAUCAUGACAAUGGUGGAGAUAACUUUUACAACAACCCUUCAACGAAUCCUGAUGAUUAUUCUCCCGAGCAGGUCACUAAGAUUACGGAUUUGAAAAAACAGGAAACUAAACCCUCCAGCCCAUCUCCCCAGAGAUCUCCGAUAAAUGACCAAUGCGAGAUUCCUCCGAAAAUGACGGUUAGUAAGGACAUCGUUGUAUACUUGAACGAGAAAACUAGCACAGGUACUCCUUCUGUGACUUUCAAAUGGCAUGUCAUACCCCUUGAGCUCGAUAAAAACCCUCGUCAGCUGCCUCCUUCGGCUGCCAACGCCAACCCUGCCGAUCCUCGGCUGAAGGCCCGACCUCAAUUGCCAGUUUUGUUGAAUAUCCCUUCCGCUUCUGCUGAGGAAAAACAAUCGGAAGUGAAGAGUCUUCCCCAGUCGGAGCGCAGAAAACGUCCGAAACUUACAUUGAACGAAAUGGCAAAUACGUUCGCCAGAACAGGUCAUCGAGUUCAGUCGAAAACGCCGGUCCUUUAUUCAAAUAUACUGGACCCAAGAUUAUUGAAGCGGCAAAAAAUUGGAAGCGAGGCGGCAUCGCCUGGGGCUGUCCCCGAAGAAGAGCAGUCCCUAACACCCAAAGCGUUGCGAGUCGUUUUCUCGCCGUGA